AUGGAAAGACAGCAAGAUAAAAAAAUUAGUGGCCUUGCUCUUGGAAAUCUUGCGAAUGCUUAUUUUUGCUUGUCUGAAUAUAAUAAGUCAAUUGAUUGCCUUGAAAAGAGAUUGGCAAUAGCUCGUGAAUUGGAUGAUAAGUCAGCUAUUGGUAUGACUUUGAUAAAUAUUGCAAAAGCUUAUAGUAAGCUUGGAAAUCAUGAACUUGCAGAGAGAAAUUUGCUGUAUGUUUUUUAA